AUGCCAGAGACCGAGUCCGCUCUAUAUGGUGCUCUUAUGACGCUACGCUCAAUGAGUCCAACGACGGUGGUUCAAGCCACUGCAACGUCAGACUCGCUGCAUAAGCCGAAAGCUGCACGGAUGGAUGAAUGGUCACAACUGCCACUACGUGACUGGUCGCAAAUGUACCGCUGGCAGGUAGCAAUGGGCGAUCAGUUCACCAUCGAACAGCUACAGGGGAUACCGUUCACGAAUUCUUCCGGUGGCGGUCAUUCGAUGCCAAUUUCGCCAGUGGCGAAUAAUACCCACGGCUCUCAAGGAGAUGGAGAAGCAUCGGGGUCACCGGCCAUUUAUGCUUGGCAGCCAAGAGAGGACAUCCGCGUGGAGAGUCCAUAUGAGAUUCAUGUUCGGCGUCCGGGGACGAUGUCUUCACCGGAUCAGGUGUGA